AUGGCGGAGAGCGGCGCUGGGAAGCGGCGCAAGGAGACGCAGACUCUGGAGGGGAAGGUGGAGUGGCGGCGCUGGACUCAGGAGAGGAAAGCAGAGAAGAAAAAAUGGAGGGAGAAGAAAUUGCUGAAGAAGCUGGAAAAGCAGCGGAUGCGGGACCUGGCAGAGAAACAAGCGGAGAAACAAGCGGAGAAGCAAGAGAAGAAGAAGGAUAAAGGACCCCCCCCAACGCUGAGCGUGGCCCUGCCGGGCUCCAUCCUGAACAAUGCCCAGUCCCUGGAGCUCCGCACCUACCUGGCAGGGCAGAUCGCCCGGGCCUGUGCCAUCUUCUGUGUGGAUGAGAUCGUGGUGUUCGACGAGGAUGGAGAGGGGGCGAAGACCGUAGAAGGGGACUUCAAAGGCAUUGGGAGGAGAGGCAAAGCCUGCGUGCAGCUGGCUCGGAUCCUGCAGUACCUGGAGUGCCCUCAGUACUUGAGGAAAUCCUUCUUUCCCAAGCAUGAGGAUCUGCAGUUUGCAGGGCUCCUCAACCCCCUGGACACUCCCCACCACAUGCGGCUGGAGGAGGAGUCCCCAUACCGUGAGGGAGUGGUGCUGGACAGGCCAAGCAAAUCCGAGAGAGGCUCCUUUGUGAACUGUGGGAUGAGGAAGGAGGUACAGAUCGACAGGCAGCUGAGCCCUGGCCUGCGAGUCACAGUGCAGCUGGAGCCUGAGCAGCCAGAAUGCAAAGUGCGGAAAGGCUCCGUGGUGUCCUCGCAGCAGCCCCGAACAGCCUUGGGGCUCUACUGGGGUUACAGUGUCCGCCUGGCCUCCUGCCUGAGUGCUGUCUUCUCAGAGUGCCCCUUCAAGGAGGGCUACGACCUCUCCAUUGGCACCUCUGAGCGGGGCAACCGUGUGGACCAGGCCACUCUGCCCUCCUUCAGGCAUGCCCUCGUUGUCUUUGGAGGUCUUGAGGGCUUGGAAGCUGGGGUUGAUGUGGACCCAAACCUACAGGUCACUGACCCAAGCCUCCUGUUUGACUUCUACCUGAACACUUGUCCCAGCCAGGGCAGCAGAACCAUCCGGACAGAGGAGGCCCUGCUGAUCUCCCUGUCUGCACUGAGACCACACCUUGAGGAGGCUGUGAGGAUGCCCCGGGGACAGCUGAGGGAAAGACCUCAAUGACCUGCAACCCCCAGUGCUGGGCAAGUCACCAAGACACAGCAGGG